AUGGAACUCAAAUUAUUAAAAAAGAAACAAAAAAACGAAUCUAACGAAAUCUAUAAUAAGAUAGAUGAUCUUACCGAAAGAAUUUCUUUGUUUUAUGAAGAGUUCCAACAACAAAGAUUUCAGGAGGAUGAAACGUUAAAUAGUAAUCUUUCGAAUAAUAAUUCAAGAAAUUUUUCAAGUAGUUCUCAAGGUUCAAGAUGCACUUCGUUUUCAGAUCCACUUUUUCCGAAAUUUAAAACCCUUUUCGACGAGACCAUGCGAGAAAACGAUUAUUCUAAAGCCGAUAUGAUUGCUGAAGUUGUAAGCGAUCUUCGAAAGAAGAAAAAGAUCAAGGUUAUUUCGAACAAAGUGGUGGAAAAUUAUUAUAAUCAAACAACGAAACCCGACGCCAGGACUAUAGGAGCGAUCAAAGCUUGGAUUGAGCUCAAGACUAAAGGAAAAAAUAAAUCUACAUUUAACGAAUUGCAGAACAAUGGCUCUUCGAGCCUUAAUAAUAUUAAUGAAGUUAGUAGUGAUGAUAGCAAUGUAUGUUCAAUGGAAAAAAAG